AUGUCAGCCACUGUGGAAAUGGAUCAGGAACUGAAGAUCCAGGUCGGAUCUAUCGAGUAUUUCUUGCUUGCCCACAAAGAGAACUUCCUUGACUUCCUCGCUGAUGGCCCUUCACUCGCUGUCGUGUAUUUAGUCACGUCCGGCCAGAAGGUGUCCAGAAAGAACUUGCGGGACUUCAGAGAAAACGUCCUCGACAAAGAUGACAUAUUUCAGCCAGAGUUCUGUCGUAAUGUUGUAUUCUAUGGCGGCGACGAGAGUGAACUAGAUGUCACCGACGAUGCCAUAGAGGAACUUGACGCAUGGAAAACCAAGACGUGGACAUGUGUGAGAGGGAAUGCAACCUCUCGAGUCGCAUGUGGUCCCUACGUGUUUGCGCAUAAACAGACUUAUGCACCAUGGAGGAUAUAUCGCGACUUCAAUGCUACCUUCAUGACCACGUUCAAGCCGUCAAAGGAUGAUAUGGAAAGAUUAGAUGUCCUCGAUGCUCCCACAGCAGGUAUUGAUGGACGUGUGAUAGUUCCUCCUCGUUCCUAUUUCCGGCCAUCCAAAGAGAAGCCGUUGGACGGAGCUCGAAUCUCUGUCAAAGACAAUAUUGACAUUGCAGGCCACAAGACUACGCUCUGUAAUAGGUCUUGGAUAGAUCUAUACCCACCUGCAGAGCAAAAUGCAGUUUGUCUGCAGGUCUUGAUAGAUGCAGGCGCCAUUGUAGUCGGUAAAGUAAAGUUGCAAGCCAUGAUCAUGCGGGAAGAGCCACUUGAAGCCGUCGAAUUCACAGCACCAUUCAAUCCACGUGCAGACGGGUACCAGGUACCAUCUGGUUCCAGCCAUGGUAGUGCUGCUGGAAUAGGUUCGUAUGAUUGGCUUGACUUUUCACUCGGGUCGGAUACAAAUGGCAGCGGCCGAAAGCCUGCACAUUACAACGGCUGUUUCUCGAUCAGACCUUCUACUGGCAUCAUGAACACGAAUGGAGUUAUUGGACAGUUCAGCAAAUUCGAUAUGCCUGUCUUCUUUGGCCGAGACCAAACCAAAUUCUCUGACUUCAUAAAAGUCUGGUAUGGACAUAGUCCUCUACUUCGAAUGCCGUCUACUCAGCAGCAUGUGUGCAUUCUUUGGCCGGAGGACUACUUACCAACCGUCAAUGCAGCACAGACAGACUUGAUUGACAAGUUCACUAGUGGAUUGGAGAAAGCAUUGGAUGUACAAAGGACUAAAAUCUCCUUGGCCCAAUUGUGGAAAAAUACCUGUCCUGACAAUACUCCUGGGCAAGAUAAUACCGACAUUGCGGAAUAUCUCAAGCUGACUGGAAGCUACCCCUACUAUUACGAUGGGUACUACGAUCUGGAAGGCUUCAGAAAUGAUUUCACAAAGAAGCAUGGCAAGCCACCUUUUAUACACAGAGCAAUGCAGUGGCAGUGGGACAUUGCCAAAUCUAUUACCUUGGAAGAACGCAACUUUUACUGGCGUCGGUCAGAGAUAUACCGUAAAUGGCUACUCGAGGAGGUAUUCAAGGCUAGUGACACCAGUACCAUAACAAUCAUGAUCUUUCCCAUCGAGGUUGGCCAGCCGAGCUAUCGUGACGCUCCGUUGCCUCCCUACUACGUAUUGAGCGGAUACGCAUCUCUAUGCAUGUCACCAAUCCUCCGCGCCCCUGAGUUUACGACUUUACUCGGAGAUAUCCCUUUUGACUCGGUCGUGACACAAAGGGAGGAACGUCUUCCUAUUGGAGCCUCAGUGAUCGGGGCUCCAGGGACAGAUCUGAUUAUCACCGAAUUGGUAGGAAAGGGGAUGCUCGCAGGAAAUUUCCCACAACAGCUCAAGACUGGUCCCACAAUGUACUAA